AUAACUGAAGCAGCGGUUUCACCAUCACCAAAGCCAAGAAAAAGAACUAUCACCAGCACCGCCACUUGCAACAUAACCAACAGCAGCAGCAGCAACAGCAGCAGCAGCAAAAGAAACUGCAGGUGCCAAAGCAUGCAGAGCGAGACACCUCCCUGCACCAAGGUGCCCACCGUGGACAUGGGGGGCCUAGGCGCGCACCAUGCCGAGGAGCCCUGCCAGCAGGAGUGGGAGCGCGUGACGCGGGAGCUGGAGCAGGCAUUCAGCGAUAUAGGUUGUGCCUAUCUCACCGGCCACGGCGUGCCUGACCACCUGAUCAAUGAAAUGUUGUCCACUAGUGUUGCUUUCUUCAAGCAGCAAGAAGAGGCUAAGAUUCGUUGGGCUGAAGAUGCAAAUGUACAUGGAUACAUAAAGAUGAACUCUGAAAGGUAUGCCGGAGCAGGUCCUGAGCUGCAUGAAAGCUUCCUCUUUAAACCAGACAGUUACAGCUCAUGUAAUAAGGAGGCUCCGCUGUUUUUUACGCCUUUAGUGUCUCUACAUGAGUUGCAUCGCACCCUCUCGCGGAGGCUGAUGACUUGUCUCGCCCUCAGUCAGGGAAAGAAUCGAAACCACUUCGUGAACAUGCACCUGGAAAGCGGCACCAAGAACAGCUGCAGCAUUUACCGUCUGAACUAUUACCCACUAACCUCCGAUGGCCGCGAGGACGCGACUGGAUUUGGUGCUCAUACUGAUUUCACUACUAUAAGCUUUAUCUAUAGUAACAACUCGAAAGGCUUCCAGGUUCGUGACUCAGCUGGGCAGUGGAUAGACGUGCCCUACGUCCCGGGUACCAUACUGUUACUGGCGGGGGACUUCCUCCACUUCCACUCCAACAAGAAGUUCACACCAGUGAUGCACCGUGUCGUGCUGCCCAGCGAGGUCCAGCCUGGGCGACCUCCUCGCUGCACCUUGAUUUGGUUUGAACAUGCUGACUCACAUCAGCCAAUGUGGCCUCCCAGUGAAGACCCCAACCAGCCUGCUCCUCAGGGUGUCAAGGAUUAUAUAAUGGAAAAGGUUAAAACAGCGUUUGAAUCUUCUUCCAGGGACAUAACGGACUACAACAGCAGCAGCAGAAGACACAGCAGGUGCAGCAGCAUGCAGAGCGAGGCCCCUCCCUGCAGCAAGGUGCCCACCGUGGACGUAGGUGACUUAGGCGCACACCACGCCGAAGAGCCCUGCCAGCAGGAGUGGGAGCGCGUGACGCGGGAGCUGGAGCAGGCGUUCAGCAAUAUAGGAUGUGCCUAUCUCACCGGCCACGGCGUGCCUGACCACCUGAUCAAUGAAGUGCUGUCCGCUGGUGUUGCUUUCUUCAAGCAGCAAGAAGAGGAUAAGAUCCGUUGGGAUGAAGAUACUAGUGUGCAUGGAUACAUCAGAAUGAAUUCUGAAAGAUAUGCUGGAGCAGGGCCUGAGCUGCAUGAAAGCUUCCUCAUUAAGCCAGACAGUUACAGCUCUUGUGAUGAGGAAGCCCCGCCAUUCAUGACGCCUGUAGCAUCUCUGCAUGAGUUUUAUCGCACACUCUGUCAGAGAGUAAUGAUCUGCCUGGGCCUCAUUCUGGGAAAGAAUCGAGAUUACUUCAUUAACAUGCACCAGGAGAACGACAUCAAGAACAACCUCAGCGUUUACCGUUUGAACUAUUACCCACUGACCUCUGAUGCCCGAAAGGACGUGAUUGGAUUUGGUGCUCAUGCUGAUUACACUACUAUAACUUUUCUUUUCAGCAACGACUCGAAAGGUUUACAGAUGCUUGAUUCAGCUGGGCAAUGGAUGGACGUGCCCUACGUUCCCGGCACAAUACUGUUGUUGGCAGGGGAAUUCCUACACUUCCAUUCCUACAAGAGGUUCAAAGCACCGAUGCACCGCGUCGUUGUCCCCAGCGAGCACCAGCCCGGAAAACCACAUCGCUGUUCAUUGGUUAGGUUCGAACAACCUGACUUGCACCAACCUAUGUGGCCUGCCAGUGAAGACCCCACCAUUCCUGCUCCGCUGAGCGUCAAAGACUACUAUAUGCCGAUAGCGAAUAAAGCAAUUGGGAAAGAGUCUUGGGAAUGAGAGACAAGUUGUUGGACUAAGCAAAAUAUUUGGCGAUAGGUAUUAUUUUGUUUAGGUAUUUUUGAUAUGUCUAACUUUAGCUAAAAAGGCUCGUCCAUCUGCUUCACCUCGGUGGGAAUCAAACUUGGAUUCUCUCGCGUGCAAACUACUGUACCCCGUGUGUGUGUGUGUGUAAUAAUAAUAAUAAUAAUAAUAAUAAACGGUUUAUUAGUUAGGCAAUGUAAAAAAAAUACACUGAAAAUGUACAGGGCGGGGGGGACAU